AACCUCAAACUCUAAAAACAAGAAAAGUAGUACAAAAAUGAAUAAUGAGAGGAAAGUAGUGGUGGCAGUGGACGAAAGUGAAGAAAGCAUGUAUGCUCUAUCAUGGUGUCUCACCAAUCUUGUAUCACCAAAAACCCCCAAUCCAAACACCACCUUAGUCCUCCUCUACAUCAAGCCACCUAUUCCUUCUUACUCUUCUUUAGAUGUCACAGGUUAUUUAUUUGCAGGAGAUGUGAUUGCAACCAUGGAGAAAUACAGCAAGGAUUUGGCAAACUCGGUUAUGAAAAGGGCCGAGGCAGUUUUCAAUACUUGCAAUAGCACAGUGAAAGUGGAGAAGAAAGUUGGAAGUGGAGAUGCUAAGGAUGUAAUAUGUGCUGCAGUGGACAAACUAGAGGCAGACAUCCUUGUCAUGGGAAGCCAUGACUAUGGUUUCAUAAAGAGGGCACUUUUGGGAAGUGUGAGUAAUUACUGUGCUAAGCAUGUAAAGUGCCCCGUAGUGGUAGUAAAGCGCCCAAAGACUUGCUAGAGUGCUUAUCAAUGGCUUCUUUGGUGGAGUGAAGAGAAGACUUAAACCUUAAUGAAUUUUACUAUAAGACUAUAAUAUUCUGUUUAUGUUUAUAAAUAGCUUUUACAGGUAAGAUGAAAUAUGCUCCUAGACAAGACAUGGUUUGCUUGUUGAUUGAUUAUAAGAAUUCCACUUAAUUAGCAA